AUGGGCAACUCUUCGUCCAAAGUCGCCAGCAAGGCUGCUGCAGGCGCAGCUCGUCGCCAAUAUCCUUCCACGUCCUCCAUCGCCAACUCCGCAGCCACUGCUCCCUCAAGAAACAACGCACCUCCUACUACGUCGUCCAAACCAACCACCACUUCUCCUCAAGUACAUCCUAACCCAGCUACAUCUCCCGCGGUAGACGAAAGGACACAAAACAUCGAGCUGGACGGAAGAGACCCCCAGUUUGGCUCGAGACUCCAAAGAAUAGGUCCCGUCAAACUCCCCUCAGGUGUGAGACCUGAAGAGGCUUUCCCGACUUCCAGCGAGCCUAUGCAGCCGGCACAUAACCUUUUCCCGUCCACACAGAACAAUCCAGCCGUGAUCCUUACACAGGCACGGCAGAGGAUUAACAAGCAGUGGGAAUUUGAAGUGGAAAACGGCGGACGACCCAGUUUCCCGGGACGAACAUUGCUGAAUUCGAAGGACAUCAAGGAAGCGCUAAGAUUGCGAGAUGAAAUGGGAAAGACCUCACAAGACGUCGAGAAGCAAAUGAAGUUGAAGCCUGGAAUUCUGGAUCAACUUGUUGCCAAAGGAAUGGUUGCCAAUGCAUGA